AUGGGAAGCAAAAUCGACGUGCAGUUUCUUGAUAAGACAACAGUCUUGUUCCGAAUUGAGAACCCUCAGAUGUGUGUAAGAGUGACUCAGAGGCGUUAUUGGCAUAUUGCAGACAUCCCAUUGGUGGUUAACGAGUGGUCUCCAGAAACUGCUCUUGAUCCCCCGGACCUCUCUGCCAUGCCGAUUUGGAUUGAUCUUAAGGGUGUACCGAGUCUUUUGUUCUCACAUAAGGCUCUGAAAUGUUUAAGUCGAGCAGCAGGAAAUUUUGUUAAGUUACAUCCGCACACAGAGAAGUGUACCAGGUUGGAUGCAGCUCGUGUUCUCGUAGAGGUGGAUCUUAAUAAACCUCUGGUGGAGAAAAUCAGCUGUCUGGACCGAGAUGGAAGGACGGUGAUGAUUGAGGUCUUAUAUCCCUGGUUGCCACCUAAGUGUAACAUCUGUAAUGGAUGGGGUCAUUUAGUCUCUAACUGCCAAUCAAAGAAGAUCUCAGUGAUGCAGAAGGGUAAGGAGGUUGCGGUAGAUAAGGGGGAUUCAGAUGUGGUUAUAAAUGGUGAUGGUUCAGAAGCGUUUGAGGUUGGGGAUGCAUCGACUUCAGUAAGUUCUGAGCAGAGGAAGGAAGAGUGGGCUUUGGUGGGUAGAUCUGACAUUGUUGAGAAGAGGAGUUCAGUUGGAGAGGACCAGGAGAGUGAUGUUGUAGUCUCUCCUUCGAAGUUCAGUGUACUAGCUCUAGAAAGGCAGGAGGAGGAAAAUAAUGAUGAGAUGGAAGAGGAUGUUAGUGCUGAGAAGGGGGAAGAUGAAAAUGUAGGCUUGGAUAUUGAAGAGGGUGAACUGGUUGCAAAAUAUGUAGCUUUGAAGGCAAAAGACUCAACUAAGACCGCUCGGUUCCGUACUGGUACAAGUUUUAAGUUGAGUAAGCAGAUCCCAGCUCGUGCUAAGGACCUUAAGGGUAAGAAUCAGACCAACACAAGAAAGACUUGUUCUUCAUCUGGAAUAUGUGGGGGUUCAACUCGCCGCGCAAACACAGAGAGCUUCGUAGAUAGGUACAAGCUGAGAAGUUUAUGUUUGGAUGUCUGUUUGAAACUAGGGUACAAUAAGGGGAUGCUUAACAAGUUCAAGCAGAUAGGAAUGACGCAGUUUCAGGAGGCUGUAGGGGACUGCAUUCGAACUGAUCUUACGCAUUCAGGAGUGAUAUUUACAUUGUGGAAUAAUCAGGAAGCAGGCCCUAUUGGCAAGAUACUGGAUCGAGCUCUCAUAAAUGGACCCUGGUUACGGACGUUUCUGAUCAUCUUGUCGUUUUGA